GCAGCAGCUUUUUCUCUCACGAGACUGAUCAGCAAUUUGAGUUCAUGAUGCAGCUUUAUGGAGCUCUGAUCCUGAGUGUGACUCUGUCUGCAGUAUGUGGAUUAAGAUGCUACACAUGCACAGCUGCCGAUCCUAAAUCCUGCAUAGACACCAAAGCUUGUGCUCUCGCCUUCGACCGUUGUUUCUCUCUCAAAGUAGUAGAUCUUAAUGUAGUUACAAAGGGCUGCCAAACCAGUGCAUUAUGUGUUGGGCCUGUGUCUUGCUGUGAAGGGAACCUGUGUAACAGCGCUAUUCCAAUUGGUCCCAGUGCCAUCCUCCUGCUGGUAUCUUCAGCCAUCCUCAAUUUUUUUUUCUGAGGCUGUGGAAUGAUGUUGUUUCCUUGCUGCACUGUUUUCCGACUCUAUUUUGUAUCAGUAGUGUCAUGGUCCUGGGUCGUGUGAUCCAGUGUUGAGGAGUUUUAUGUAUCUUUUGUUUUCAUUUAUGCUUUAGCUUAGUUCGUCUAGUUAAUUUCUAGGGUGCUGUUUAGCCCUUUGUUUCUUAGUUGUUUAUGUCAUCUCCCUGUACUCAGUCUCCCUGGUUCGUGCGUCUACCUGUCAUGCGUCAUGUCUGCGGGGUUAUGUUUAGUUCAUGUCAUGUCUAAUCUCCAUGUUUCCUGUUUUACUUUGAAACUCUGUAUUCAA